UUGCCACACAUCAUUGCUAGAAUUUUGACAGUGAAGCCACGAAGUGUCAGUUUUAUUGGAAGUGUUGUUCUUGAUUGAACACGAAUUCUGUGUAAUCGCAAGUAAAUAAAGUAUCUAUAAGAAUGCCUCGACGUGGAAGAUCAGCAAGCCCACCGCCAGCUCCUCAAAGGAGGGCUGCACCACCACCAGCUCCGAGCCGCGUCCCUGCUCAUGCCCCUCCAUCCACCCCAGCUCCGGCAAUGGCUCAACCCCAGCAGCCUUCUAUGUUUGGGCAGAUGGCAGCCACGGCUGGAGGUGUCGCCGUCGGAUCAGCAGUGGGUCAUGUAGCUGGUAGUGCCCUCACUGGCUUGUUUAGUGGAGGCAGCAGCAGUGAGCCUGCACAGCAGCAAGUGCAAGCGCAACCACCUGCUCAGACUCUCAACCAAUACCAAAACCAGACUCCCCAGGGUCCUUGUGCUUGGGAGAUCAAGCAGUUCAUUGAAUGUGCUCAACAACAGCAUGACUUGACCCUCUGUGAGGGCUUUAAUGAGGCUUUGCGUCAAUGCAAGAUUAACAACCACAUAUAAAUUAAUUCCUCAAGGUGCCAUUAGAUGAUAAUUAAAUUAUUGUCAUAAUGAUUUAUUUUACAACACAUCUUUUUAUGUUAUACAAGAGAUUGUAUAAAUCUGUCUUUAACAUAAAACUUUUUUGUAGUUUAAAAACAUUUUAUUUAGAUAAACAAAUGGGGCACCUACCUAGUAUCUAUUAUUUCUGACUUAGCUUGAAGAAUUCCUACGCUUCUUAGGUUAUCAUGUUGCAAAUUGUUAGUGGUUUAUUUUUGUUUUGUAUUUAAUAUUUUAAGACACUUUAUUGUGAUGUAGAAUUCUAUAAUCUGAUUAUAUCUGUUUCUUUUACUUUUAGAACAAUAAAAUAUACAACCCAAAAACCACAA